CUUCAUCGUCGCCGUUGUCUUAUCCAACACCCGCGUCUCUUUAAUCUCUCCAAUUCGUCCCCGCCACAAAACCUCCGCCUAUUCGAUCUCCCCUAAAACGCACCGUUUCGCGAUCCCCAAAUGGCUUUAGCCAAUUGAGCUCACCAGAGCUAAUCAGCUUAGGGUAAAAAAUCAUCGUCGUUCGUUUUUCGAUUUCACCGAAAUGGCUUCUUAUUCACCCAACCGAUCCGCCGAGGACAUCGUCGACACGACGCCGCUGCUCAACAAUUCCGGCGGGUCUUCCGACGAGAGCAACUCCGGCCGCCGCUUCCUGCGCCAGCAGAGCCUCCGCCAGGCCGCGCGGUUCCUCCGCCAGGCCAGCAGCCGCCGCCUCAUGCGCGAGCCGUCGAUGCUGGUGCGCGAGACCGCCGCGGAGCAACUGGAGGAGCGCCAGAGCGAUUGGGCCUACUCCAAGCCCAUCGUCGUUCUGGACAUCAUCUGGAACUUCGCCUUCGUCGUCGUCGCCGCUACGGUCCUCGUUCUCAGCCGGCUGGAGUCACCGGAGAUUCCGUUGAGGCUUUGGAUCGUCGGCUACGCGCUCCAAUGCGUGCUGCAUAUGGUCUGCGUUUGCGUCGAGUUCCGGCGAAGGCAGAGCCGGCGGUUUCCGGGGCUGAAUUCCGGCGACGGAGGGAUUGGGAGCGGCGGGAAUACGAGCCCUAGGUCCCGAGACAACUCGUCGCAGUACGUGUCUUUGGCUGAUCACUUGAAUGAGGAGGGCACCGGGAGUGUUGCUAAGCAUCUGGAAUCUGCAAAUACAAUGUUUUCGUUCAUCUGGUGGAUCAUUGGAUUCUACUGGGUAUCAGCAGGUGGUCAAUCUCUGGCUCGUGUGUCCCCUCAGCUUUACUGGUUGUGCAUAAUAUUCCUGGGUUUUGACGUGUUUUUUGUCGUUUUCUGUGUUGCACUGGCUUGUAUCAUCGGGAUUGCUGUUUGUUGCUGUCUUCCAUGUAUUAUUGCACUUCUAUAUGCUGUAGCAGACCAGCAGGACGGCGCAUCUAAGGAAGAUAUUGAACAACUGUCAAAAUUCAAGUUCCGACGAGUUAGUAAUGAGAAAGUUGCAGCCGAUGCACAAGGACCUCAUGGAGGUGUAAUGACCGAAUGUGGAACAGAUUCACCCAUUGAGCAUGUUCUUUCACCAGAAGAUGCGGAGUGUUGCAUCUGCCUCUCUUCUUAUGAUGAUGGUGCAGAGCUAAGGCAGCUUCCUUGUGGUCACCAUUUUCACUGUUCCUGCAUAGAUAAGUGGCUUUUCAUUAAUGCCACCUGUCCUCUCUGCAAGUACAAUAUUUUGAAGAGUGGCAGCAAUGAGCAAGGCGAAGUUUAGAGGGUUACAGGAUUGUGCAGGAUUGUGCUCAGCACGUUUGAGUGUAAUGAAUGCAAAGCUCGGCACACAACUCAAUGCAGGCUUUACAAGUCCAGGUGGAGGGUAAUCUGAAACAAGCUUGGUAUCGACAUACCACAGUUUUAUUACCGACAUUGUCGUUGCUGUAGGGUAGUUGAAGCAGUUGUCGUCGAUCUUGUUUUCGUAGUAGACAGAAUGGCACUGGGUAUUAAUCUUUGCUCUGGCAUAUUUGAGUGUCAUUUGUACAUGGGUCUUGCCAGGGCAUCUCCGUAGUAAUUAUAUAUACACAUAUAACCGGUCUCAUUGUAGUGCUGGCUGCUCAGGAUCUUUGUGUUCAUUUGGUGCCAUAGAAAUUUGUUAAUAAAAGUUAAUAAGAAUGAUUGUUC